UAAGUUGCCUAUAUCAAAAGAUUCAUUUUGUAUAACCCUAUGCUAGGUGAUCUUAUUCUUCCCUUCAGAGACCACUCCAGUUCAAAAUCCUCCCUUAGACCUCACUGCUCCUUGCGCCUCCCUCACUCACAAUUAGUCACCACCACUCACCACUCCACUCUCGCACCACAGCCGCAGCCUCGCAGCAUUUGGAGCUCCAACUGUAGUCUGCAGCACUCACUGCAGUCUGCAGCACACCUCAACGGCUCAACCCUUUGGCCCUCGAGCACUCGCUCGCUUCACCGUCGACAGCCGUCACAGCCCACAGUUAUUCCGAGGAGACCAAACAAGAAGAAAAAAAAUGACAAGAGAUUAUUCAGAUGUCACUGUUGAUCACUCGUCGUCGGGGUGUGACCAAUGCGCCUCCUGCAUUUUCAGCACCUACUGCUUCAGUCGUGAGUGCUCCAUUGAUUGGGGAGACUACACCUCUUACUGAGGCUACUCCUAAGGCGUCCCAGGUGCUCGCAUCAUUGACGUCAUCAGUGUUGGUUCAGCAGCUCAGUGCGGCCCAGGAAGCAGCCCGGGAUGCUCGGGAAGCCUAGAUUGCAGCCUAGUGUUCGGCCCAGGACGAGAAGAUGAGCAUGGUCUUACGAGCCUUACAGAUGUUUGACCUCCAAAUCCUAAUGCCAGCACUUGAUAUUGCUCCACCUUCGACUUCCCAGCCACUUCGCCCAACCUAUACCUAAUAGCCUAAUGUAUCAAACCUACAAGACUACUCGUUGUAGUUUUUUCUUUUUUGUUUGGACAUCUUGUAUGUACAUUUUCAUAUAUUUUACAGUUAAAUACCUUUUCUUGGUUUAUUAA